AAGUUUGCCGAUGGCAUGCACACGCACAUAUACAAUCCACCUCCCCCCGCGCAGGAAUUGGACAACAGACCAGAACCAGAACACUAACAUCGGAACAUAGAGUGCCAGUGCGAGGCUAGUCGUUGUGGAGGAGGUAUGAGUGGUCGUCAUAGCGUUUGUUCGCGCACUUCCCGUUAUCAAUCGAACAUUGUAGAUAUGAUAAAGUAUAUAUUUUCUCGCGGGUUUUUAUUUAUUUUAGUGUAAAAUAACUUUUGCUACAAACUAACAUCUAAUUUUUUGCACGAAGAGUUUCUCAAAAUGUAUUUUUCCCGAUUUACUAUUUUUUGCUGCUUGUUUCCCAUGUCUUUGGGGCUUGUGGACUACUGCGAUGAGAACAAAAGAAACUCUUCAAUCUUAACACCCGGAAUUCAGUUUACUAAGGAACUGAGUUCUUCGGAAUAUGCGGUGUUGUCCAGUUUUAAAAGUCUUCAUUGUUGUGCUAAAGGAUAUAGAAGCAUCGAAUGGUUCAAGGAUGGCAAGGCAUACCCUUGGCCAGGUGAUGUGUCUAGCUUCAUACUGUAUCCUGACUCUGCCAACCAGACCAUCUACAGUCAGGCUCUGGGGUCAGUGGAUGCUGGAAACUACACAUGUACAGUAGCUAAUGACUCACGGCAGGUCUCUCACAUUGCCUCUCUCACCGUCUUCGAUAUGAGGAAGAACUACAUGGAUGUGCCAUUACCAACUUACAAGCUACCCGCAGAACACUUUGUGCGGCUUGGGCAACCCGCCAGAAUGUAUUGUGAGGCUUUUGUAGGCAAAAUAGAUCUGCCAGAUGCUACCAAUGAAGUGUGGUGGGAGAGGCCAGGGAUGAACAUGUCAACACCCCAAGCUAGACGGUACAUCCAACACCGUAUUUCCAGAGAGGAGGAACAAGUAGUUGGGGCGUACUUGUUCAUUGAAAAGGUGAAUCUAGCUGAUUUUGGAAGUUAUGUCUGUAGUAUUAGCAACACAGAGGAUCAAGUUGUGCGGUUAACUACAGAGUUGAAAGAAGAAGACUGGGAGAUGGGCUUGCCCUCCAACAAGAUUCCCUGGCUCAAACUGCAGUUCAUUGUCAUUACAAUACUGCUGGCUGCUACUCUUGUUAUAGUCUACAAUCGCUACGCUCUCUCUGCUCUCCUUUAUGUGAAACUCAAAUUUUGUAAAAGACCAGUCGAUGAUGGGAAGGAGCACGAUUUGCUGAUCUGCUACUCACCUGAAGAUGCAGACUUUGCAGUGGGCGUGUUGGCAACAACAUUAGGGAGCCGCUACCACCACACAGUCACUCUUUGUCAGAUCAACAAUGCUCGAGCAAGUGCAGAACUCCAGUUAGCAUCUACCCUGAGCCGUCACCUGCUGGUUGUCAUGUCACCUUCUUUGUUUGAGAACCAAUGGACCCCUGUCACCAUAUGUCCUUUAUUCAAGCAACUAUCCGAUAUCCACAGCAACAUUAUCUGUGUACCAUUACAGGGUAUCAAGAUGGAUGCCAGUUGGAAGUCAGAGGAGGGAUGUAUGUUACGCCAACUGCUAAGUCGAUGCUCUGUGAUCACAUGGGAGGUCAAUACGCCGGCUCAACGGCGCAGGUUCUGGACCAGCCUUCGCCUGUGUCUCCCACCCCCACUCUCCCCUCCUAGUACUCGGCAACGGGAGAUGACAGCCACCACCACAACCAAAGCCAAGCUUUCCACAUUUGCCAAAUCUAAUGAAAGCUUAGAGGUUUUGGUGUAAUUGUCAUCUUUAGACUGCAGUAAACAUUACUAAGAUGAUUUCAAUAAAAGUUUUAAUUUAUAUUGUUAUUUAAUCAUUAUUUAUUAUUGUAUAGAAUGUUUGAUUCUGUGUUAAUCACAUGGUAGAUAUAGUUGUUCUUUAUAAACUCUAAAUGUGAAAAAUACAUUUAGAAGAUUAAUAAUUAUCAACUGUGAUUAAUUAAGUAUUACAAUGUAAAAAGUUUGUUUUAUCUCAAAAAUCUUUUUAUAUUCUGUUAUAAUGAGAAACUUGUUGCAUUGUAAUACUUGUUAUUUGAAUACACUGUGAAAUAUAAAAGUAUUAAUCGAAAUAAAUUUAAUAAGAAAGAAAAUAUGAUAACAGAAUUUGAGUUUUGAAAUUCAGAGAAUAUUCUUUUACAGGGAGAGUUCUAUAGUUCAAAUUAGUUAAUUUAAGAAAUCCCAAAAAUGAAGUUUUUUUUAGUUUUUCUAAUUUGUAAAUACCAGGAACAGAAAUAAUUCUUAUUGUAAUUUACAUCAUAAUACAAGUUAGUUCAAAUUGUACAAAUAAUUGUUUCCACUUAAACAUGGAUUUUGGGGUAUUCUUCAAAGUAAUAUCAGUUGAUAUUGUAUGUGUUUCAUGUCUCAGUAUCAUAAUUAAUCCAUAAUUAUCUAGUACAAUAUCACUAAAAACAGUAAAAAAGAGUCAUUUUAAUAUCAAACUGUUUUUAUUUAACAUCAAACCAAUUUAAACAUGUGGUUUUUUGAACAUUAUUUGUAUUGUUGGGAAAUAAAAUAUUUGAAUUUGGACUGUGUAUAUCUUAAAAAAAAAAAAAAACAAGUGCAAAUCAAUUUAAUAUGGUUCUUGUAUGAGUGUCAAACAUUUUCUUCACCGACUGUUGUUAACCCUAGAAGCACGUACCGUAUUUGCGACAUAUUUGUCUGUCGUCUAAGUGCCAAUUUGGCACAUUACCAUACAUAACUUUUGAAUUACUAAAUCUUAUCCAAUCACUAUAAAAUUUAUAAAUUAUGUUUGUAACACAGUUUUCCACUAGAAUACAGCUCAGUAUUACAACAGCUUGUUUAAAAUCAAUAGCUGACAACUUGCAUGGUGGUUUUUUUUUAUUUUCGUGCAUCUAGGCAACCAAAUUUAUAUAUAUAUAUAUAUAUAAAACAUUUAUCAUAUCAAAUAUAAAUUUCUAAAAACAGCAUAAAGUUUGGGGUCAAAUUUAUACUCUUAAUUUUUUUUAAGCUAAUACAUGGAAUCAUAUGUGGCUAAUAUAACAUUUUUAUAUAGUUUUUGAAGUAUUACAAUAUUAUGUUAAAAGUUAAGAAACGUAAAUCAAUAAAACGUGUUUCUGUGCUUUUUUGUGAAAAAAAACUGUGUACAAUACAUAUGAACCAUUGGUUGUAGUUAAAAUCAACUUUAGAAGAAUACAUUAUUGGGUACCUUAAAACACUGUGCCUCUAUCAGUUUGUGUGCCACUUCUAGGGUUAAAAAUUAGUUACAAUGUGCCUAACACUUUAGCUCCAGCAGUCUAUAUAAAUCUGUAACAGUAUAAUUACUAUCAUGACCUGCCAUGCAUGAGGCUGAGAAUGUUAUAUACUAUAAAAUUGUAUUUGUUUAUCCUUCAUAACUAUACAUUGUCAUAAAAUGUCAAAAUUGACUUACUUUUUCAAUAAAAAAUUUUCAGAUUAGAUUGCAAAUAUGUUCAUACCACUUAUUAAAAUUUAAUAAACAGAAUAUCAUUGUUUAUUGUUACAUAGUACAUUUUAACAAAUGCUAAAUGCUAGCAAUGCACGAAUUUUACAUAGUUUUAAUUAAUGUGACUCAUUUUAGUGAUAUAACAAAGCAAUUAAAGAGUAAGAGUUUUAAGACCUGACUAAUUUCCAAAUAAGUCUUUU